UCUUACGAAUGACCUGCUUUUCUUUUCAACAAUCUAAUAUGAAUUCAUUGCAAAUGUAUUUGAAAUUCUUGUCUAAUAUCGGCGGUUAUCGAUGGUAUUUUCGCGACACGCUUUCCAGCAGCGUUCACCGUGCGAGAAUUAGUCAGCUCCAAAGGAAGCGGUGGUUUAUUUUAGGGAAGUCUGAAAAUACGCGUGCACGUCCCUCGUCAAGAUUCAGUCGCUUGUCGUUGCUUCGCGAUAGGAUCAUGGCUCUUAAACAGUGUCUAUUGUCUUGUAUAGUGAUAACAAUUUCGAUAGCACCCUUAAUCGCUGCAUGGAAUUCUGAUAUUCAUCGGUACGAGAGCUACAACCUCGAAAGAGGGCCGGUCAUAUACGAGGCCUACUACCCAGACAACAACGAAGAGUCCCGAAAUGUCCCGGAGAAACGGUACUUCGAUCGAGAAGCAGUGUUGGAGAAGACCUACCAGCUGCCUUCCCAACGUUUGGUCUAUUCAGAAAGUCCUAUCGGAUUCAAUGGCUACCCAAACGAAAGAGUAUUGGUUCAAGAUACUCGAGACGAUCUGAUUCCACAAGCCAAGUCUCUGGACAUACGAGAAAUCUCCAGUUUAGCCAGAAGAGCAAUUUCUCGUGAUUUAGAAAAUUGGAACACCCUGGAACAAUAUUUGGACCGCGUGAAUUACCAGGAUCCUUAUCGUCGUGACAUCGACCCGAACUACAGGAUCAAGCAAUCGAUCCGUGGAAUUGAGCCAAAGGACAGCUUGAAACAGAACCGCGAUUUAAGAAGAGAGCUAUACGAAGAGAUUAGAGAAGAACCGUUGCAAGUUCCGAUUCGCUUGGAGGAUCAAAGAGACUCGAUGAGGAUGCUCAGAGUUCGAGAUCUUACUGGCAGAGACCCAUUGUCAACAUUCGGAUCCGUUCCAUACCAAAAUCAAUCGCCGGAACCGGUUGCUAAAGCCGAAGAACCGAUGAGUGUUCCAAUACCGAAACAAAUAGGUGUUCAGGAACCAAAAUCAGAUCCCUACCCAACCGAGAACAUCUUUGCUCCGCGACCUCAGGUGAUCAACUAUAUCUUCUCGAGGAAACCGGAGGUGCCUGAGGAGAGCAAGACACAGAGCGUGCCUGAAACGAAAGACACUGAGUUGCCUAGGAACUACGGAGACAAUCUUAUUAGGGAUGAAAUUAAAAAGACGGAAGAGAACAAGGACGUGAAAGUAACUUCUAUCGAAGUCAGCGAGGUGCCCAGGCACAAAACUCGACAUCAUCAUGGCGAAUGGCCCAAACGGGAUUACCCUCGACAUCGUCAAUCUUAAUCGCGGAAACUUUCAUUCUUUGGAAGAUUAAAUGUUAUCCAAGAGUGAUACUUGAACUUUCGGAACUUAAUUAAUCUAGAAAUUCUUGAAUUAAGUACUUAUUUUUAAACGCGCAAUAAAAUCUACGCGGUAACACACAUUAUUUGUAAUUUAUAACAGACAUUAUUGAAAUAAAUGAAUAAUAAAAU